GCGGAAGUUCAGGACUUCCGGUCGGCGUGAUCAGCUUGUGGCGUGAGCGUCUGGAAGUUUUUCGGGUAAAACAUGGCCAAAAGCUUACGGAGUAAGUGGAAAAGGAAGAUGCGUGCUGAAAAGAGAAAAAAGAAUGCUCCAAAGGAGCUGAGCAGACUUAAAAGUAUUCUCAAACUAGACAGUGAUGUUGUCAUGAAAGAUGUUAAAGAGAUAGCAACUGUGGUAGUACCCAAACAUUACCAAGAGAAAAUGGAAUGUGAGGUGACAGAUGAAAAAGAUGACAUGAAAAUGGAGACUGAAAUUAAGAGAAACAGAAAGACUCUUCUAGAUCAACAUGGACAGUACCCCAUAUGGAUGAACCAGAGACAAAGAAAAAGGCUGAAGGCAAAGAGAGAGAAAGGAAAGGGAAAGAGCAAAGCAAAAGCAGUGAAGGCAGCGAAGGGCCUGGCGUGGUAGAGAGACUCUCAUUCUAAACUUGAAAAAGGCCCCACAGGACAGUUGUUUGGCAAGAAUGUGUGCUUUGCUUUCAACUCUCACCAAAUGAAGACUAUUUCUUUUUGUGUUUUAAGUUGGCCUUUUCCCCCUUCAAUUCAGACCCAGUGUUACUCCUCAGAUUUUUUAGGAGAACUAAAAUAAAAUAUUUUCUGUGGUGAAUGAAA